AUGUCGCCAAACGAGGGACCACGCCUCGACGCCUUGGAUGCGGUGGACUAUGAUCCGAUUGAACACUUGAAUGCCGUUUUCUCCCAUCCCUCCACCCUCUCCUCCGUUUCUCAGAUCGCCGAUGCCUUGAACGAAUGCGAAGAUGAGCUGGACGAUGACAUCGGCAUGCUGGUGGAGGAGCAGGUCACCUCCAAUGCCGAUAGCGUGGAGCGAAUCCAGGCAGCUAAGGCCGACCUUUCGGAGCUGUUCAAGAAGAUCGAUGACGUGCGUGAGCGAGCAUUGAAGACCGAGCAGGCAAUCACCGACAUGACAGCCGACAUCAAACAAUUAGACAACGCCAAGAAGAACCUCACGCUAUCGAUGACGGCGCUUAAGCGCCUACAGAUGCUGACUACGGCAUAUGACCAGCUUCAAGCUCUCAGUCGGACGCGGCAAUACGGCGAAUGUGCACAGCUACUGCAGGCUGUCAUUCAGCUCAUGGCCCAUUUCAAGUCAUACCGAUCAAUCGAUCAAAUCGCAAUGCUCAGUCGAAACGUCGCGGAUAUACAAAGGGACCUCCAAGAGCAGGUUUGUGAGGACUUCGAGCUAGCCUUCGCCAAGGGUGAGGUAGGCUCGAAGCGCGCGAUGCUUGCGGAGUCGUGUCUAGUCGCAGAUGCUCUAGGUGAACACGCACGGUCUCGACUUGUGACGUGGUAUUGCAAUACACAGCUCCGCGAGUACCGGCAGGUUUUCCGGAACAAUGAGGAAGCUGGAUCAUUGGACAACAUCUCUCGCCGAUAUUCAUGGUUCCGGCGCAUAUUGAAGAUAUAUGACGAAGAGAAUGCGGCCAUCUUCCCGGCUUCGUGGAGGGUAAACGAGGUCUUGGCCAAUGUUUUCUGCGAGGGUACACGAGAAGAUUUUAAGGGCAUUCUAUCCCGAUCUGUACGAAGCGGACAGACGAUCGAUGUCAAUUUGCUCCUCUCGUGCUUGCAAGAAACGCUUGAUUUCGAGCAUUCUCUUGAACGUCGCUUCGCCCCUUCGUCCCGUGCGUCUGUUGAUACAUUUGCCUCUGCCGAGCCGCCUGUAUUUAACCAGUCAAUUUCUGAGGCCUUUGAACCAUACCUCAGUGUAUGGGUCGAGGCUCAAGACAAACAACUCGCAGCCCUGCUACCGAAAUACCGCCAACAACCCCUCAAGGUACCGGACGAGGAGUUCAACUCGCAUAUUGUGAUUUCAUCCUCGACUGAGCUUUUCACUUUCUAUCGGCAUGCUUUGCAACAAUGUGCCAAGCUCUCAACUGGUGGCAGUCUGGUGGAGCUGGCCAAGGUGUUUGCCAAAUAUUUGGACCAAUACGCCCAGCAAGUCCUUCUCAAUUAUAUAAGUGAACGACCAACAGUUCACACACCGUCUAGGGUACCCUCUGUGGAAGAUUACGUCACAGUUCUGAACACUGCUGAUUACUGCUACACGACUUGCUCCCAAUUGGAAGAGAAGAUUAGGGGUAGAUUGGAUGAGAACCUGAAGCAGUCCGUGGAUCUGCAAAGUCAGGCAGACUCUUUCAUGGGCAUUGCAUCCGCUGCUGUACGAGGCCUUGUGCGCCAAGUCGAAGUUGACCUCGAGCCCUCCUGGCGCGAAAUGCGCAACACCCCUUGGGCUAAAAUCGAAGCAGUCAGUGAUCAGAGCUCAUAUGUGGGCGAGAUGCUCUCCCGGACGAAGGAGAAGGCAACCGAAAUUUUACAGUUGCUGCAUAAGCAGCAAUAUGCGCGUGCCUUCUCCGAUCAUCUGGUGGAGCUCAUGUCAAGCCAGUUCAUUAGCAAUGUCUUCCAAUGCAGGCCUCUUUCAGAGACCGGCGCAGAACAGAUGCUUCUCGAUUCCUAUACUCUCAAGAGCGGUCUCUCAUCCCUGCUGCCGGCUCCGGCGCCCGCCGGCUUUGUCAAGCGUGUGAACAGCAGCUUCUUCAAAAUCGAAACUCUCCUCAAAACCCUCCAGGUCCGGCCGUCACCACCGGAAGCGCUUGUGCAAGCAUACCUCAUCCACAUUGCUGACCGCAACAACAACAACUUCCGCAAAAUCCUCGAUCUCAAAGGCAUCCGCAGCCGCCAAGAUCAAAAUCACCUUGUCUCAGGCAGUGCCGCCGCAGCCAUGCCCUCCCGUUUUGAUGCCUCCAUGCUUGGCUCUGCCAUCAUGUCCGCUGCCAAGGACGGCGUCGACCGCUUCGGAAACCCCAGUCUGAGCACCCUGGGUGCUGGUGUGGCUGGCGGUAGCGGGACAGCUGCAUCUGCAUCUGGCGUGACCAGCCCAUCAGGCGCCUUGUCCCCCUCCUUGGCCAGCUCCGCCCUACAAUCCAAUCCUAUGCACACCCCAACGGAAAGUACCACAGGAAACCUCAAUGAAAACUUGAAGAACAUUGGCAAGUUCUUCCGCCGCGAUCUUGGCGGUUUGGGAGGCCGGUUCGGGCGGAGUACUGAGGAUGGGGCGUAG